UGUGGAUGGCAUUAGAAUUUUGUAGAGCGGACUAAAAUAUUACCGAAAAUCGCUAUAAAAUUAAAUAUUCAUUCGUUUUCUACUAUGAAAUGAGUUUAAUGUAUGUGAAAUAUAUUUGUGAAUAAUAUAUUUGUGAAAUAAGCGUCCAUAUUAACUACAAUAAGCUAUAAUUAUUGCCGGAAAGUAGAAACAUCUUUAGAUCGAUACACCGAAUCUUUGGAAGAAUCCUUUCUUGCAUAAAAUAUUCGUCAACAAAGAAAUGAGAUAACGUGCAAAAAUGUCACUAGAAAGAGAUAACUUGGGCAUGAUGCCCAUUCCAACAACAGGAUCUGUAGACCCUCGAUCACAGUUAUUACAAGAGAUGCGGGAGCAGAACUUUGACAUGAUAAGGUUUGCUUCUUACAGGACAGCUUGCAAACUUCGAUAUGUCCAGAAAAAAUGCAAUUUACAUGCAAUAGAUAUUUGGAAUGUCAUAGAAGCAUUCCGGGAAAAUGCAUUAAACACACUAGAGCCCAACGCUUGUGUUAAUGUAACGAGAUUGGAGACACUUGUGUCAUCUUUGUACCACAAUUUGAAUAAAAGAUUACCACCAGUUAAUCAAGUAUCAGUGGAAGCAUGUUCUGCUUUGCUCUUGAAUUGGCUGUUGUCGGCUUAUAGUACUGGCGAAAACGUAGGAAAGAUUCGCGUCUUCUCCAUUAAGGUGGCGUUGGCUACUAUGUGUGCUGGGAAACUUAUGGACAAGUUAAGAUAUAUCUUCUCCCAGUUGUCCGAUGGCAAUGGUCAUUUGCUGAUGAAGCGCUUGUCAGAUUACCUCAGGGAGGUACUGGCCCUUCCUGCUGCGGUCUACGAAUCUCCAUCCUUCAGUUAUAAUGACAGUCUGGCCUUGUCCAUAUUUAACCAGAACAAGAAAGUAACAGUGAAUGAUUUCCUGGAUACACUAAUGUCUGACCCCGGCCCGCCCUGCCUCGUCUGGCUGCCUCUCUUACAUCGACUGGCGAGCGUCGAAAAUGUGGUACACCCGCUGGCCUGCAGCGUAUGCCGCCGUGGGUCCCUAACGGGCUUUCGAUACCGGUGUACGAGGUGUGCAGCGUACACGUUAUGCCAGGACUGCUUCUGGAGAGGGCAUGUCACACCCCCUCACACCAAUGAACACGAGGUUAAGGAGUACGCAACUUAUAAAUCCCCUUCCAAGCAAAUAGGAGCGACGCUCCGGAAGUCCUUCCGGUGCGUCCCAGAGAGGGCGCGCGCUCCUUUACCGAGGUACCCCGACCAACCCGAACGUACCCUCAACCUCAGUCAUAUUGUGCCGCCAUCCCCGGUCCCGGCACACAAUGGAUUCCCAGAAUACGGUCCGGGAUACGUCAACACAGGCUCUCUGGAUAGUCGCUCUUCGAGAUCUACACAUAGAAGUAUAGCAGAUCAUCUCUCUCGUGGUGUUGAUGAUGAACACAGGUUGAUAGCGAGGUACGCGGCCCGAUUGGCUCACGAAAAUCGGACUAUGCCUCGGGCAGGCAGAUCGGCAUCUCUGACUCCAGAACUGGGGCGUUCAUCUUCAGAAGGUUCAGAGGUAGACGCAGCUCGACAGCAGAGAGAGUUAAUAUCACAACUCGAAGCUAAGAAUAGAGAGAUUAUGAGGGAAAUUGCCAGGCUAAGACGUCAGCAAGAAGCGGAGACAUGUUCGAACACCGGUUCAGCCCCGCCCUUGGUGUCGGAGUUACGCGCCUUGAGGCAGAGGAAAGACGAGUUGGAAGGACAUCUCUCCUCUUUGCAAGAAUCCCGGAAGCAUCUGAUGCAUCAGUUGGAAGGUCUCAUGAGGAUGUUGAAGACCCAACAAUCUUCGCCCAGAUCUACGCCGAAUUCAUCUCCUCGUUCGACCAAAAGUCCUCCAUUACCUGGAUCACAGCCGUCGGCGCCUCAAGAAAGAGAGUCCGCACCGCGUGGAACAGUCCGUAGCGCGCCGCAAACGCCAUCUCUUGGUGAAAGGGAACGAAUUGAUAUGACGCAUAGCUUAGGUGGUAUGGAUAGUAUGAGCAAUGAGAAUAGAGGCUUUCAUCAAAACCAAAGACCCACCACGAUGGGCAUAGACAAUAGAAGUCUUCGUAGUGAUCUAUUGUACGCGGCCGAUUCAGUUACAAAUGCAAUGUCAACUUUAGUGAGGGAACUCAAUUCGGAGGGUUCUGACGCUGAGGAAAAUGUCAAAGGAAAUAUGGACGCUAGGAAACGGAGAGAUUUUGAGGAAGAUGAGGACAGUGAUGAACCCAUGCCAAGACCGCAGUUGCCCAGGCAUUAUAUACACGACAACAAUGUACAGAAUUUACCUAGUUUGAUAUCGCAAUCAUGAGUACUGCUAUAGAGGACACACCUCCGCCUCUACCAGCUCGCACGGGCCACUAUUACCCAAGAACAUAGCUUAAGACAUAGUAUAUCUGUAUCGUGAUAAGUUAACGGAUUUGUUAUCUUAGAUGAAAUAUUAUAUAGUUACGUAUAUCUUCAUAACUUAAUUAUAAUGGAAAUGUUUGUCCCAUGUUCCAUUUGGGUAUCAGUUCUUUCCUAUUACGAUGUCCUAACUCUUACUUAAAUUGGUUUAUGAGUAAUAUAUAAUUGAGAGGAAGUUAGCGGCGAUGCUAUAUGUUUACAUAGCAACCAUAUAAGAGUGAGUGAUGGCGUAUGGGAGUCAGAUCCCGUUUCUGACGUCAUAUAAAUGGACUGUAUAAUUCUGACAGCUGUAGUUAAUGUUAAAAUUUGAUUUGUGUAUAUUAAAAUGAGUUAUUUUAUUCGAUAUUACGAUUUAUAAAGGAAUUUCAAACCUUCUAGAUUUUUUUUUGUAAAUAUAUUAUUUAUAACCUAUAUUUACAUUCUAGUGAAAUCGGUGUCACGGAAUUUUAGAAAUUCAGUCAAAACCUGUUAUAACGACAUGGAGGGGUAAAAACCGAUUGGCCCUGGAAAUCUUCCAUAGUCCGUUUCACAAGGCAUUUUCUUUUGCGAACUAGGGAACUGUGGGAUUCGAGAGGGAGGCGGUCUUCCCAGAGAGAUGAGACCUCCAACUAUUCAAAAUUCGUUCUCCUCCCUCAAAAGCCGGCAAUGCACCCACUAACAAUGGGUGUCUAUGGGCUGCGAUUACUGCCCUUUUAGGAUCGUUUGCCCCCCAUUAUAUAUAAAAACAAAAAAGUCUUAACAGCCGAUAACGUUAUUAUUUUAAAAAUAAAAUUCAUCCGAGACCUUAGAUUUUGGUCAAUAUAACCGGUAUGAAAGAUGACGUCGACUUUAAACUGUAAUUUCUUUAAAAUAAUCUCUGAAGAAUCAUGUUAUUCAACAGAAAUAGCUAUUCACAUAUCCAUUCUAUUUUUCAGUCUUCCACACGUCAAUUCCUUCCAAAGUGUACAAAAAAGUCAAUUUUUUCGUUUUUUUUUUCUAUUAAUUUUAGUUGAGAGUAAAAACCUUCCAUUUGUAUAAUGGCAAAAGACUGAUUCGAAAUACCAAAUUGUUUCCACCGCUAUGAAACCAAAAUUUUUAUUUAACGUACGUACUUAAUAUUAUGUCAUGUUUUGUCUCUUUUUCUCAUCGCAAUGUCUAUCAUAACUUAUCCUUUCUCUCGGCCUUUAAAAAGUCUAAAGGAUCAUAUUGAUAAUACAAUUGAAAAAAAACCUUGAAUAAAAAUAUAUUUAACAGAAUCGCUCCUACUCAAGAUAGUCUUCUAAUUUCCAAAUUCAAAAUGACGAAGACGAAUGACGUGUUUCGUUUAAUUUUGAUUGGUCAACGUCUAGUCCAAUCAGAUUCGCGAUCCGCCUUUGACCAAUCACAAACGACAUGUCAUAGUUUCAUAUUAUACAUUCUCUUGUUUAUUUUUAAUUUUACACAUUAUUGUUUUAGCUAUAAGUAUUCUAGAAUUUUCUGUAAAAUUUUAUUUUACACUGUACUUAAAGGUUUUACGAUUUUAAUAGUCAUAAGUCAUAUCAUAUUUUAAGUGCAAUAUACAUCUUGCCAUGAUGUGUGAUUUUUUUAGAUUUAUUUUCACUCCAAAUAUAGAUAUAAUUAGGGUAAGUUUUCUGACGUUUUCAUACAAAUGACAUGGAGACUGGUACCAAAACGCUUACCGACACUUGUCCAUAACAGCAGUGUUACUCCGUAAAACCGUGCUCCAAUAAUCGCUGAAAACGAAAUCCGAUCGUUUCGUUUAAUUACACAGCGUAGCACGACUUCAAGAUUAAUUCCUGCUGGAAUUGUGGAUAAUCUAAACAUUUGUUGAAACAUUUGCAAGUUUGUGAAAGGAUAUGUAUUUUGAAGAACCCUUUUUAUACCAUAGAUUUCAUACUGUUUAGAAUAGAUGGUAGGUAAGGGAUAACUAUUAUGAAUAAGUGCGGCACAAACAAUUUCUCUAUUACCAUUUUUGUAUACGUUAGGUCACAUGUUAAAUUGUAUGCAGUGUUUGUAAUCGUGUAUAAAGUGAAGUGACGCGAUCUUGCCUUGUCAAAAUGACAGAUGUCAGAUUUAUAGAGGAAAGAUUAUUCCAUUUUUAAACAAAGAUGUAUUGUUUGGAGGUAAUUUUGUUAUACCCUAAUGAAAUAAAAUCAACAAAUAUUUGUAGAUAUCUUUUAUUUUUUAUAGCACUAGUCACAUAGUCUUGCCAUAGACAAUGCAAGAUGGCGUUUAAUGGACUUGUAAUCUAUAACUAUUAUGUAUUGUAACGACUGUGUCUUGCAAUUAUAAACAUUCCAUUGCUUGUGA